AUGCAUGUGGGCAUGAAAAACGCGAUCGAGCUUCUUGGAGAUCUGAGCGACUACUACGACUUCGGCAUCAACGAGUCGUGCCACGUGUGGAACGAAUGCGGCGCAUAUAAGAUCCCGUUCCUGGACAAGGACAAGCCCGUCUUCAACGUCGAGUACGACGCGGAUUACGGCAUCUGCGACGAGGCCAACGAAGAGCGCCUGGACACGAUCUUCAAGGAAUACGACUUGAACGCUGCCAUGUGCAGCUGUGCCGAUUCCUCGAGGGAUGUCGACUGCUCUGAUGUCACCCGUUGA